AUGCACAUUGUCCAUUUGGCGCUUGGUGUGGAUGCAGUGGCGUCGGUGCUCAUUGACAUGUGUGACUAUCCAAAUCUCAUUGAAGGAUUCACCAGGGAUGACAAACUGUCCACGCUGUAUGCAAACUACCGGGAAUGGUGUGAAGCUACCAGUGUGGCCGAUCGUGCAGCGAGAAAUUUUUUCACUACGGGUGUGUUGCGCCCGCAGGGUGGUGCCCAAUACCCGGCAGUGUCCCAAAAGAUUUUAUCUGCCACGGCCUGUCGAUAUCUGAUUUUUUGGCUGUCGAGGGCGCUUCAACAAAUUGUUUUGGAUGAUGACAUCUACAAGCAUCCCGUCAAUGAUUCUUUAAACUAG